CUUCUUUUGUAGGCCUAUUUAUUUAUGCAUCUUAUAUUUAAAACUGUUUGGUGAUAAUAAUGUUUUAGUGUGUGAAAUAAUGACGUCUCACUGAUGAAAGCUCCACGAAGGGGUUAAAACUUUCUCUAAGCAGACAGUGGAGGAAAUUUUUGAACUAGAGCUGGGAUACUUGGAAAAUAUUUGGGAAUUUUGGACCAUUUAACACAAAGGACUACCUGCUUUUUUUCUACAGAAAUUAUAAACUAGGCUAUAAGAUUAAACUCCAGGAUACCUCAGGCUCUCCUUGCCGUCGCUGCAGGAACAUUAUGGGAAUGCUGGAGUGAUUUUCCUCGGGGCGGAGGGGUUUGCUGGACAGUUGUAUUUCAGAGCAGAGCUGAUCUGAGGGCAGAGGGGAUCUAAAUGCGGCUGACUGGCUUCCCUGCACCGGGAACCAUGAACAGUAGCAGCGGGUCUGGCAACUUUCUGCUGGUCCCUAUACCGGAGUAUCCCCUGCUGGACUGUGUGCCCAACAAGACGGUGAAGAUUGUGGUGCUGGGGGCGAGCAACGUCGGGAAAACCGCCUUGAUUGUCAGGUUUCUGACCAAGAGGUUCAUUGGGGACUAUGAAGCAAACACUGGAGCACUCUACUCCAGAAAGGUCACACUGGAUGGGGAGGAAGUGUCACUUCAGAUCCAGGAUACUCCCUGUGUCGCUCUCCAGGAUGAUGCUGAGGGGCUGUACUGCCAAGAGCAGAUCAACAGGUCAAUCUACUGGGCAGACGGUUACGUGCUGGUGUUCUCCAUCACAGACCUCAACAGCUACCGCACCAUCCAGCCGCUGUACCAACAUGUCAGACGCAUACACCCCUCUGGAAAUAUACCCGUUAUACUGGUAGGCAACAAGAGCGACCUGCUCAGAGCGCGACAAGUGCCGGCAGACGAAGGCGAGACGUUAGCAGCUUCACUAGGAGGGGUUUACUUUGAGGCCUCAGCCAGAGAGAACCACGAGGGAGUCCACUCCGCCUUCCUACAUCUCUGUCAGGAGGUGAUCCGGGCGUUGGGAGGAGGGAAUGGAGAGAAAAGAAGAGGAGGCCUCCACCUGGCCAGGCCCAAAUCUCCCAACAUGCAGGAGCUGAAGAGGAGGUUCAGGCAGGUCCUCUCUUCCAAAGUCAAGUCGGCCACGACUCUCUGAUUGCAGGAUGAACGUGUGGCAAAGAAAAGAGCUUCCAUGGAAAUUAAAAGGUUCUAGUCCUUUGACAAAUGGCAAGAGGCCUCCACAUCAAAUACUUCUGACGUUUAAGUUUGGGAAUUCAAGCCAUUAUAGGUGUGAAGGAACGGCUGACACUUUCUGUAGUGAUCGUCAUCAGACAGAAGGAUACAGACAAAAACUGACUGACAGCUAAGCUCUUCUCUGUGUUUUCGACUGAGCUCACAGUGUACAUGACCUCUUCCCGAGGUUCAAGUACAACAAGGAUGCUGCUCAAAGUGGACAUGUCAAAGACUGCUAAACAAACAGCUUGUAUUGUGUCAGAAGCUUGGCAUGUUUACUGUGAAGGACAGUGAGAGUGACAAGGUCACUGUAAACCUUCCCACAGUUAAUGUCUCAGUUUUCUUGAGGCUGAAAAAUUUAUAGUCUCAAUACAUCUCGACAAAAGCGAAUUUAAUACAUCAUUAAGGAAUCACUGACAAGACAAUUUAAUGGAAAGUUGUUUCUAAUGUCCUUUCAUAUAAUACAGAGUCUCAUUUUACCCCCUACUUGUUACAGUUUCCUGUUUUAUGGUUUUAAUAGAGGGUUUUUGUCGUCUUUGCCACUAAAUGAAGCUCAGAAGCCAAUUUAUUUUCAUUUAGUGUUAAUCUAUGUGAGAACAUUGGCAGAUUUCAACUUUGCCUUUACCAAAUAAAUGAAAUGCGAGUCUCCAUCCUCUCUGUUGCAGAGUCUGUUAAGAAAGUGGUCUGAACCAAAACAGGAAAUGACCCCAAAACGCAAGGGUUCAAGGCUUUAGACCGAGACAAAUGCUGACAUUUGACAUCCGUAAGGGAAGCCCCACAUAGCAAAACAAAGCCAGGACAACCUCCUGUUAUUUAAGGAAGACAAUGACUGCCAAUAAUAAAAUGCAAUCAAAUUUAAAUUUAAUUUUCUAUUUGUGCAGAAUGGAUGACAAAAUUAAAGUUUAGAAUUUAAAAUCCAUAAUUACUGACAAAAGAAGUAAUUUUCAGUGUAGUCCAGAGCAAAACCUUGCCAUAAUGAUUAUAAAAUUGAACGUAAAAUUUACUUUCACUUUCAAACUGGCAGAUAAUAUGCAGCCUAAACUUGAAGAUAUUCCUUGUUUUUAAUGAAAGUCAAAGUUGUUGUAAUAUCAGAAUUCACCCAGGCCUAUUUUUUGUGAUCUGUUAUCUGUUAAGGUAAACCAGUCGUUUUCAAACUGUAAUGCGCCUUCCCAGGGAGGACUGAAGGGAGGCACAAAGGGCGAGAGGAGAGGCAAAUAUACAGGGUGAGGUGAAAUGGACAGAAUUCAUACUCCUUCUCCAGUCAAGUCUGGCAUAAUGUCUGACAGAUCCACAUUUAAUGGAUUAACACUACGAAUAAAUGUCCCAAGAAAGAUCUUCCAUUUACCUCCCGAACUUGCCUGAGAAUCAAGCAUUUUAACGUUUUCUUCAGUAUCAAAAUUAUCCAGUCAUCGUUGUUUGUACAUCCAUGGGCACACUGUAAACAGAACCUUCUAAUAGCUAAUUCGGCAAAAUUUUAAUGUUUACAAAAUCUGAACAAAUAUAGGCAAAAAAAAUCCAGUUGUCAAAUUUUGUCUGGGGACUAACUGUUUACAUUUAAUUUAUAAUCAACAUUUGCAUAAAUCAAGACAUUUUUAUUUUGACCUGAAAUUAAUUUUCAAACAUGAAACAGAAAAUGUUUUUGUUUAAAUUUUGUCACACAACAUGCGCACACAAAAAAUAAACGUUGUUUAUUCACAUGUUUUAACUGGUACGAACAUCUGAGUCCAUUAGGGCUUUGCUUAAGUUGCACGAGAGUUACACGACAUACUUUUGAAUCCAUGUGACUCUCAUUUACAAACCAGUGAUUGCCUGUAUAAACUUUUCCACUAUAGCUCAAAGAAUCCAAACUCUAGGUGUGAAAGCACCUUUAAUGACUCUCAGUCUGAAGAAUAUUUCAUUUCUAUUGUUUUUUAAGGAAGGUUUAGUGCUCUGUGUACUUAAUGUUGCACCAAUGCCACUGAUUGUGUUCAUGAGUCAAAAUCCAAAACUGUUGAUGAAACUAUCUGUAAAACAAUGUUGAAAUGAAUUUGUUUAAAUGUCCAAAUGGAAGUUGGGAAGUUUUUGGUGCGUGUGUCCUUUGCUGUUCUCAUGACCUCUCCUCUCACUGACACACACACAAAAUUCCCAGUAAAGACAAAUUCCUCAGCAUCUGGAAUUUCUUUCUUGGUCAGUGACCUGCCACACUAACCCUUUUACACACACACACACACACACACACACACACACACACAUCCUUAAAAAAUUGUCUGAUGAACCCAAAUCAUGACCUUUUGCCCUUUGACCUUUUAAAGCAGCAUGGCUCCAUCAGAGUCUCAGAGUCUGGAAAAGACUGAGAUGAAGCCAGUCAUCUCGCUCGCUGUGUAUCUUGACAAAAAUCCUGAGAUGCCAUUUGAUAAAUGCCAAAAGACAAAAAUAAAUGUGUGUGUGUCAGAGAGAGAGCAAGCGAGAGAAAGAGAGAGAUUUUCCCCAUAAUUUUCAGCUACUUUAAGUCCAAUUUCCUCUUGUGUUUUCUUGUGAGACCCAACUUUAUUUCCCACACAUACAGACACACACCAUGUCGCUCUUAAAGACCUCCUUCCUGUGCACCACUGGAACGAGUGUUCCUGCAUUCUCCAGUGAAUAAAUCCCUUGAAACCAGCAA